UGACAUUUUGUGCUGUCACGCACGGGGGCAGCCUUAGAGCUGAAGCUAGACCAUUAACACGCUUGUGUUUAACUGUAAAUAAACAUUAACGCGUAUUUUUGUGUGACAGGCGACACGAUGUUACCCUUUAGGUGCUCCCCUGUCCUGAAGGUGUUGUGCGAGCUGAGCUUUAAGCGUCCUUUAGUCCAUAGGUGGAGGUAUAACACGCAGGCUUUCAUGACUAAUGUAGAUAAAAUAAAGCCUGUAUCCGCUUCCUCACACGCUUCAGCAUGGAGGAGGAAACUGUGCACUAAGACUGAAGAGGAGACACAAGACAACACACUGCUGAACAAAGAUGGAACGCUGCAGGAAGCUGCGGACAAGAGAAGGAAGGCAGGAAUCAUGCCAAGUCUGGAGGAUCUGCUCUUCUACACCAUUGCUGAGGGGCAGGAGAAGAUUCCAGCCCACAAGUUUAUAACGGCGCUGAAGGCCACAGGUCUGAGAACAGGAGACCCUCGACUGAAGGAGUGUAUGGAGAUGCUAAAGUUGACCCUGAAGUCCACGUCAGACGGAGUGAUGCUGGACCGCCACCUCUUUAAAAAAUGUGUCCAGAGUAACAUCGUGCUCCUGACCCAAGCUUUCCGUAAAAAGUUUGUCAUCCCUGAUUUCAUGCCUUUCACCUCCCACAUAGACGAGCUUUAUGAAACUGCUAGAAACCUGUCUGGAGGUCAGGUGGCUGACUACAUUCCUCAACUGGCUAAGUUUAGCCCUGACCUGUGGGGCGUGGCUGUGUGCACGGUGGACGGACAGAGACACACUGUGGGGGACACCAAGGUGCCGUUCUGUCUGCAGUCGUGUGUGAAGCCUCUGAAGUACGCCAUUGCUGUGCACGACCACAGCACGGAGUACGUGCACCACUUUAUCGGCAAAGAGCCCAGUGGCUUACGCUUCAACAAACUCUUUCUGAACGACGAGGAUAAACCCCACAACCCCAUGGUGAACGCCGGGGCGAUCGUCUGCACCUCUCUGAUUAAGCAAAAGGCGAGCAACGCCGAGAAGUUCGACUAUGUGAUGAACUUCCUUAAAAAGAUGGCGGGCAACGAGUAUGUGGGUUUCAGCAACGCCACAUUCCAGUCUGAGCGCGAAUCAGGCGAUCGGAAUUUCGCCAUCGGCUAUUACCUGAAGGAGAAGAAGUGUUUUCCUGAAGGUACAGAUAUGAUCUCCAUCCUGGAUUUCUAUUUCCAGCUGUGCUCUAUAGAGGUGAACUGCGAGAGCGCCAGCGUCAUGGCUGCCACCUUGGCCAACGGCGGCUUCUGUCCAAUCACAGGCGAGCGCGUGCUGAGUCCCGAGGCCGUGAGGAACACGCUGAGCCUCAUGCACUCCUGUGGCAUGUACGACUUCUCGGGACAGUUCGCCUUCCACGUGGGUUUGCCAGCUAAGUCGGGCGUGGCAGGUGGCAUCCUCCUGGUGGUUCCCAAUGUGAUGGGGAUCAUGUGCUGGUCUCCUCCACUGGACAAACUGGGCAACAGUGUUCGAGGCAUCCAGUUCUGCACAGAUCUGGUGUCUCUGUGCAACUUCCACAACUAUGACAACCUACGGCAUUUUGCGAAGAAGCUCGACCCGCGGCGUGAGGGCGGUGAGCAGCGGGUGAGUGCGUUCUUUCGUUUGCCUGCUCACCUUUCCGCGUCUGCAUGCCCCAUCAACGUGCUACACGGCAUCCUCAGCACAGCUUUGGGCCGAUGGAUUACGAGAGUCUUCAGCAAGAGUUGGCUCUCAAAGAUUCACUGUGGAAAAAAGUCUCGGCCACAGAGUCCAGUGAAGACACUUCCACCACCGUGAUCUAUAGGAUGGAUCAAAUCAAAGAGCACAACUAAAUACACCUGGAAUAAAGGGCUGUACAGGGGGAUGCGCUGUAUUUAUUUUAUUUUAUUUUAUUUUAUUUAAUGGCAUCUUGGCUUGGCACAUUGCAGCUUUUGGUGUUUUUGUCUUUUUGUUUGUUUUUUUUCCCUCUGUCUCUGAGGCAGACACAUUUGUUGCCGAGUCUCUGUUUUUUCUUUUCUGUCUGUUUUUCUGAAUGUUGAUAUGAAACCAAAGUAACUGGUUCUGAGCUCAGGCAGGAUGUGAUGGAGGGUGGUGUGUUGUCACACGCUCAGGUUAACACUCAGGGAGUCAGAGGUGUGACCACCCCGAGCGGCUCGGCCAUUGAGACGAUCACUGAUCGCUUCUCUGAUGUGCAGCACAGUGCUGACACACAUCGUGAGCUUUAUACACACACACACACACACAAACACACACACACACACACAUUUUGCAGUUACUCAUUAACAAUAUGUUGCAAAAAUACAUGUUUAAAAAAAAGCAUGUUAUACUCUCAUAUUAAGUUCUCCUUCACGUGUGGUCCACGAAAUCUCCACAGGACAUCCGUGACCUCACAGUUACAUCAACAAAUCAUAGUGAAGUAUGUCCAAGACAUAAAAGGAAAGAACCCCUCUGACCACAGCUUCUGCUCGGACGGAGCUUAGGUUCAUCUUUAGAAAUUGUCAAUCCUGAAGAAAUGAACCAGGCUGUGUUCACAAGGCAAGGGAUUGUGGAUAUUUGUUGUAGGUGUGGUUUUGGGCGGAGCUAACUGAAGAAUUUCAGUGUAUACAAAACAUGCAAUCAUGUAGCAGGUUAGAGAACAGUACGUAUAUGCGUAUAUAAGACAACAAAUGUUUUUAUAUAGUGUGUUGUAACGGUGUGUGUUUGUUAUGCCAUACCUCCACAGGAAGUACGUGAGAAAACAGGAAAUCGUGUCAAAACAUUGUCGAAGUUUUAAAGUUCAGUAAAUCUUUUAUGUUCACUAUUGAAUUAAUAAAACACUUUAUUUUGGUGGUGUUGUAGCCUAGUGGUUAAAGUGUCAGAUCACCAAUAGGAUCUCAGUUCGAAUCUCUGGUCCAUCAGGUUGCCACUGCUGGGCCCCUGAGCAAGGCUCUUAACCCUCAAUUGCUCAGGUGUAUAAACUGAAAAAUUCAAGGAUAAGAGUGUCUGCUAAAUGCUGUAAAUGUAAAUGUAGUUGUAUAAAAAAUAAGAUAAAAAUGUUAGUUGCUCAGGAAAAUCAACCAAAUGCUGGAAAUGGAAAGUAAAACUUAUAAUGCUGUAAUGGGAAAAUAAUCAGCUUUAACCCUCUGUCAUGAAGAUGUCAUAAAACUCUGAGACACUGGAGACUCCCUCCAUAAAUGUUAAAGAAACAUCUCUUUACUUUAAGAGAACACUACAUCAGCGAUUACGACGCUCAUGGACUUUUGCACGGAGAAAUGCAAAAAUUACAGAUUUAUAUUUUACAUUUUUAAAUUUGUCCCUAAUGAACACAGCCAGAAAAAGUCCCUGAGACACCAUGAGGGAGAAACAGCACACAUGUCCCUGUGCAUCAGAAACAAUCAUGUGCCUUGAUUCCUCCAUAUGUUCCUUAACACCUCGCUAAAACACUGUGAAGUCCUGAGAUGUGUGUUCCUGUUUUUGUGAACACAGCCUUUGUGCAGAUACAUGAAGAUGGAUGUAAUCAGAAUCAGCUUUAUUGCCAGGCAUGUUUUCACAUGCAAGGAAUUUGUUUUAGUGGCAUAAGCUCCACAGUGUAACAGAAUGACAUAUGUAGUAUAUAAUGGUGCUUAGGGGAAAUCUUUGAGCAGUAUAAUGGAGCAGAUGAAAGAAGAACAAAGCUUUGGGAUCUGAUGAAGCACCACUCUGGCUCAGAGUGAAGUGAGAAUCGAUCGGCGUGGUGGCAUUCGGUCCGACUCACUCAGGCGUUUCUCUGAGAAUAGCGUUGCAGAUAAAGAAAAAGAAUGAUCUGGGGAUGUUGCGAUACUAAUACGGGUAAAAAUGCUGCCAUACAGAGCUCCAUAAUGACAGUACUCUGGAUGUAGAUCAGGACGAAGGUGUGCAGUCAGAGCAGAUCAGCCGCACAACACGCUGUACUCCUACACAACUGAUGAAAGAUUUAACCAGGAGCUCGACAACAAAGCGAAAACAUCUACGUUAAAAACACCUUCCACCUUCCUCUAUAUUCCUAAUCUGAGAAAAGGGAAUUCUGACACAACUGAAACAUACGUCUGUAAAACGAAGCUGUUUAAACACAAACACAGCUACAGUGCAGUCAAAUGCAUCGUGUCGCAUCUCUGAUCCAAUCACAGUGAGACAAAAUACAUGUAUUUAUAUUCAGGCUCAGACAUAAUACAAAAAUAAAAUACAACAUGACUAGACUUCACUAGGAGAUCAAGUCUCACUUGAACGCAUUCUUGCUAAAAAAAAGAAGCUCAGGCCCAUGAAGACGUUUUUUUUCCUGAUUUUAUCCUGACAUGCUUGCGUUACAUCACGACCCGGAAAUUAGCAUAUCGACCUAUCUGAGCCGAGGCCUUGGAUCUCACUGCGUUGCUUCACUGGAGCUUGUGUUCAUGUCCUGCAUGGGACUGUUCCUUCGCACCUUCUCUGUUCCUUCGCACCUUCACGGGUUCACGUCACAAUAACCAGCGUUUUAACAGUCUUUAGAUGUCCAUCAGUUCUGCAGCUUGAAUGCAAUUCUUAAAAUCUGCGCAGUUCCUGAUUGAGCCUCAAACCAUUACUGUUACUGAUGUGAGAAACGUUAGAAAUGAAAUCGAUUUUAUAGAGCAGAUUACUGUAUGUUGCAUUCUUGCAGCAGUAACGAACCAAACGGGAGCCUUUUAAGUGUUACUUAAUGUUUUGUCUUCUCGUGUGUGUGUGUGUUUAUGGGAUUGUACUGCUUCUGUAUUAUUUUUCCAUGUUGACUGUCAUUAACACACCUCACAGAUUUUUUUCUUUGUAUAUUUGUGAAAACUGAACUAGAGAGUGUGUGUCUGUUUGUGUGUGUGAUCUGUUUUUAAUGGUAAGAGGAUAAACCGAUUACUUGAACAUGGGACCAUGAUUCUGUAUGUUACUAACGUGACGUCUCCGGUGUUUUAACUGUUCCGCUGCUCGUCUGGAAGUAUUUAUAUAUUUAUAUGAAUAUUUAACCUGCUUUCCUCGGAGUUCUUACUCAAGUAUGUGAUGGAUGCUUUGUCUAGCAGUAUUGUUUUCUCUCUGGCUGUUCACUUACAUUUGUAUUCUUUUAUUUGAAUAAACAUGUGUAAACUCA